UUUUAAUGUGGUGUGUAUGUGUGAGUGUGUGUGUGAGUGUGAGUGUGUGUGUGUCAGAGAGAGUGUGUGAGUGUAAUGUUUAUCAAGCCCGCAGCAGAGCCCGAGUGUUGCCGAAGAAACACUCUGGCGACGAUAGGAAUCAGCGUUUCUGUUCCCGGAACACCGGCGUUCCGGUCAGCGUCCUUUUCCGCAAUGCAUUACUAAGUGAGUUGGGCCGGGUGGGAAAAACGGAAAAUGCCGCGAACUAAGCAGAACAACCCCAAAAACCUGAAAGAUAAGAUUGAGGAGGCACAGAAGGAACUCAAAGAGCCCAGAGGUGCUCAGAAAGCAGCCAAAAAUGAAAGCAUUGGCAGAAUUUCUGAUGGCAUCAAAGGGCUGAAGAGGAAAAAGGUUGUGGCUGAAAACCAAUUGAAGAAGAUACCCAAGUCUCCAGUCAAGAAGCAGUCACAAGACUUUCCCAAGAAAUCUGUUUCCUCACCAAGCUGUGCUUCAUCCAAUGAAGCCACACCCUCCUGUGUAUUCUCUAAGAGUCCCACCCACAGUUCCUUAAAAUCAGUCCAAGACUCUGAAGAUGAUCAGCUGGAGAGAUUGAGAGACAGGACAGAAAAAGUGGAGAAAAAAGAUUUGACCGUCUCAGAGCCACAGGCUCUUGACAACAAAAGUGGCACGGAACAGACCUAUGUUGGAGAGUCAGUGCAAACCAAAAGCUGGAGUGAGAAAACCAGCAACAAAGGCAUACCUCCAUCUCACACUGCUGCUCCUCUUGAAGUCCUGCUCAAGGCUAUGGAGCCAGAUUUCAACACUCUGACAGAGAAGAAAAACUGCAAUUUAAUUGGACAUCCUGGGAACUCUAUCUCAAUUCCUGCUGCCCAAUCAGAGGUUUCUAGGGCUAUGCCAGCAGUUAAUUUUGGAGCACAAUCCCAGCCUGCACUAAUACGUCCAUAUGAUGCAGAAAAACAGCAGUUCUACAGCAGCAGAUCAGCAGCAGUUCUAGCUCCACUGCAGCAGUCCUCACAGCAGCACUUGACCAUGGCUGCUACUUGCCAGCAUGACAAGCCAGGACUCCAGAAGAGUUACAGUGCAGGUCCGUCUCUUACCUUGACCCAUGCCCCAGUUCCCUCAGGGUCCACUGGUUUGCCUCAGAGUCAGCCACCUGUAGUGCAAACAUGCCAGUCUCUCUCUGCCAGUGUCCCUAGCUCCAUCCAAGUCCCAGUGACACCAGGAUUUAACCCUGUCCAGGUGGCAACUGUUGUCAACUUUGGCAUGAAUCAAAUGUGUGAUGCAUCAGCAAAGGAGCAGAAACCAAAAAAGCAAGGGAAGUAUGUUUGCGAGUACUGCCACAGAGCAUGUGCAAAGCCAAGUGUUUUGCUGAAACACAUACGGUCUCACACUGGUGAGAGACCCUACCCUUGUGUUACAUGCGGUUUCUCAUUUAAGACAAAGAGUAACCUCUACAAACAUAAAAAAUCUCAUGCCCAUGCCAUUAAACUUGGGCUUGUUUCAAAAGACUCUGGAAGUGGGUCUCUGUCCCAAGAGUCUGACAGAGGCAUUAGUACCCAUUCAGAUGUGGAGGAAAGCGGUGAGAGUGAUGAGGAGGUUAGCGCAGCUGACUUUGACCCUGAAUCUUCACAGAGCAGCCUGACUGCUUUAUCUGAGAGCAGCUUGCAGAGUUCAAGCACACUGCCAGGCAGCCAAGGGGAGGCAGAGCAAUCUGUGGUGUUUGAAAAUCUAAAACCGUUGGCUUCUCAGAAAGGUUGUGAGCCCAAGGUAACUGCUGCUCUUCCUAAAGUAGUUGUCUAUCCUGUCAAUGUUUCACCCUUAAGGGCAGACAGUCCAAGAGUUACAGAUUCCACACCAGAGCAAGCAGCUACCCAGAGGCAAAGGGACUUCCAGACAGCAAGUUUGAGGUCCAAUAUAACUGUCCUGUCUUCACUGAAAGAGGUGGACUGUGUAAGUCCCUUACAAGACUCCAUAAGUGAGGAUGAAGAUCAGCAAUGUAAAUCUCCAUCAGGAAGUGGACACGCACAGCUUCAGAGACAACAAGCAACUGACUACUCUCAGCAGCCUCAAGGCAAAUGCCUGCUUAGUCCCAGAAGUCUGGGAAGCACGGACUCUGGUUACUUUUCACGAUCUGAAAGUGCGGAUCAAGCUAUGAGCCCUCCAAGCCCUUUUGUCAAGAUUACUCCACCAGCAGAAACAGACCUUAUGAAAAAUCCACAAGCCCAACCCUCCCCUGUAGUGGCCAGUGUCAUGCAUGUAGCACCUGUUGAAAAGCCUCUUGUUUUGCCAGGACCAAUGCGUCCUCCAUUAGAGGCAAAAGCUCUUUCUCUUGAAGAGCGCAUUUCAAAGUUGAUAUCAGAUAAUGAGGCUGUUGUUGAUGCCAAGCAACUUGAUAGUGUCAAACCAAGACGAACUUCUCUUUCCAGAAGAGGUAGCAUAGAUUCCCCUAAAUCUUACAUAUUCAAAGACUCUUUUCAGUUUGAUCUAAAACCAGCAGUAAGAAGAUCCAGUUCCAACUCAGACAUACCAAGGUCUCCCUUUACACCCACAGAUAAAUCCAAACCAAUAUUUCUUCUUUCUGUCCCUCCUCAGUAUCCGGCUAUGGAUUGUUUACCAAUUACAAGAAGUAAUUCAAUGCCUACAACACCAGGCCAGUCAGCCGUCCUUCCAAAUGCUACUCCUCAACCCCAUCCUUUAAGGAUCUGCCAUUCAUUUGAUGACAAGAUUAGUUCUCUAAAUGACGAUGUGUUCUCUUCAGCUCCUUCCACUCCCAAUCCAGUACAUCGAACCUUAGUCAGGCAGAUAGCAGUUGAGGAUUUAUCCACAAAUGAGGGCCAUGUCCUCCUUUCUGUUCAUUCAGUGGAAGAAGGUCGUCAUGGACCAAGUAUUACUCAUGAGAUUCGAAGUAAGUCAUUUGAUCAUGCACCUGAAAGAACCAGAAGGACUCAACAAAACAAAGGAGCAACAUACGAAUGUGAGACCUGUCGUAACCGGUACAGAAAAUUAGAAAACUUUGAAAAUCACAAGAAGUUUUAUUGUUCUGAAUUGCAUGGUCCAAAGAAUAAAUCUGUGCCCAUCAGAGAUACUGAGCCAGAAGUGUUUGUACGUGGAACACAGCAGCCACCUUUGAGCAGAACUGCAUUUAUUUCAGGAAUUGCAGAGCAACCAGUUAUGAUAAGAAAGAGACGGAAAAUGAAAAGUGUUGGAGAUGAUGAUGACCAGUCUCCAACUGAAACCACUCCUCCAUGUUCAAGAAGUUUUGAUUCCUGCCAGAUGUCCAUAGGUUUUUCAGGAAACCCAUAUGCUCAGGCUAUACAUGCCUCCAAUAACCCUUCUCUUGUUGAUCAAAUUCAACUUAUUGCACGAGGCACUGAGGAGUCAAGGCUCUCUCCAAUACGAGAGACCCAGAUCAGCACAUCCAAUAAAGAAAGAGCAGAACUGCAGAGACAAGGAAGUGGUACUUCAGUUAUUCGGCACACCAACUCUCUCAGUCGACCAAAUUCUUUUGAAACAUCUGAGUCUAUUGACCGAUCAUCUCCAGUUGAUUCUGUGGAAAAAGAUGCGAAGACCUCAGCAAAAAGCCAUGUUGAAGGUACAAUUAGUUCAUCCUUGCAAAGUUACCAUGAAAAGAUGUCAACGCCCAAAUGUGCAAAUCAAGGAAUGGACCAUCACGAAAAGCAAACUUCAUCAUCUGGUAGUGACAACAGUACUCCUACUCAGUCAAGGUUGGUGCGACAAAACAAUAUUCAAGUCCCUGAAAUCCUGGUAACAGAGGAACCAGACAGAGAGCAUGAAACUCAAGUGAGUGAAUCAGUAGAGAAGCCUCCAGAAACAUUCAGCUGGCCUCAGAGGAGUGAAAGUUUGUCCAAACUUCCAACAGAAAAACUCCCACCAAAGAAGAAGCGGAUAAGACUGGCUCAAAUGGAACAUUCCUCAGGGGAGUCCAGCUUUGAGUCAAGUCUCUCUCGUAGUCUCAGUAGAGACAGUAGCUUAUCACGGUGCUCCAGUAUUUCAGCCUCAUUUGAUAGAGAUGAUCCUCCAAGAUCAGACAGCCCAUCCAGAGUGGAGGGUGUUCGGAAACCACUAGAGGUUCAAGGGUCUCCUGUAGCAAACAACACUUUAGGAGUCCCAGGAAUGAUGAGACGGGCUGCCUCAGAGCAAAUCAGCUGUACUCAACCAUCUGUAGAGAUUUCUUGUGACUACCGUAGCAAAUCCUUUGAUUGCAGUAACAUGUCACCAGGUAGGACUUUGUCACCAGUCACAAAUGCCUUGCCAAAAACUACACAGAGUAAUCCAACUCCCCAGGUGCCUCUUAUUGAAAGAAGAAGGGGACCUCUAGUUCGUCAGAUGUCACUGAAGAUUGGACCAGAAACACAACUAGUAGGGAAACAAACCGUCUCCCUUCAGAGAGGGCCUUCUACUAACAUUAUGUCAGUGUCCCAAAAUAAACCACUACAUGUAAAUAAGUCUACACUUGUUCAGCCUUUUCUCCUGCAUUCUGCAGAAGCACCUCUGCAAAAGAAUGAGCAGAUGGUUCAAAGUAUCAACUUGGGAAGCCAAACCCAGCAACCCCAAGUUCAUGGUCUUCCCCACCCAUGGCACCAGACCUCAAAGGUUGUCAAAUGUCAAACGUUACACCCUGUGGUACAUGUUGUGCCUGGUCAAGCAGAUGUUCAGAAGUCCACAGAUGCACAAAUUAAGAAGAACUUUGUUCCCAAGUACCAGCUGCAGUAUCCAGUGUUAACAGGUCCAGCAUAUUCUUUCACUAGUGUACAGGGUGCACAAAUCACAGUGCCUGUUAUCACAAUACCAAUUGCAAAUGAGAUCAAAGUGUCAAAGUCAAAUGAUGGAAUACAGAAUGUUUAUGUAGCCCAGCCAAGUCACCAGACUAUACCUAAGGCCUCAGUUGUUCUGCCUGUUGAUCCUCAAGUUAACACAGCCUCUCAGAUUUCAUCAGGAACGUCUGCUGUUCCACAGAUUCUAAUCACUCAUGAACAUACAUUGCCACCCUCUACAGUAGCCUCCAGUUUAAAUUUUCCUGCCAUGCCUGUUGUGGACAAUGAUCCAAAAACCAGACCAGACAGCAAAAAUAUCAGGCCGCUUGGAUCAGUUGGCAUCCAAAUGAAAAAUAGUAUGACAAUUAGCAAGAACCAUAAUGGUGAGAGCCAGAGUACUUCCUCUCUUGGGUCAUUACACUGUACUCAAAAAUUAGCAUCAGUAAGCCUUUGCCCACAACAAGAGCCCACUGCCUCAAGUAAACGUAUGCUUUCCCCUGCUAACAGCCUGGACAUUGCCAUGGAGAAAACUCAGAAACGGGCAAAGGAUGACCAUGGUGCUGCAUGCCUGACAGAUGGUCGAUCACUCAACUAUCUGAACUCAAAGAUGUCAGAUUUGACAAGGCAACGGAAGCUAAUGCUGGUUCGACAGGUCUGCACCACUGAACCUGUAGACAGCCCAAUAGAAACGGAUGCCCCCGAGCAAUUGCCGGAAACCACAGAAGCCGAAAAAGAUGAUCAGACAUCAGUUUCUUACACAACGAUGCCUGAAACCACUGAACAAGAAAUGGAGAGUAGGACUCCUACCACCACAGUACAGGCAGUUCACGGAUCUAACGUGAUGUCUUCUCCAGGGGUACAAAGCCACUCUGGACUUUCUCCAGGGGUUCAAAGUCAUUCUGGACCUGGAAACAGUACACUGAAGUCACAAGAAAAGCAUGAGGAACAGCGAUGGUCUCCAGCUAAAUCUCCAGUGAGGCCUCCAACCUUUCAGGGACAAGUGAAGUUGGCUUCUUCUGUGUCUGUUGUCAACACACGAGACAGUCAUCGUCUGUCUUUCCCAAGUCUCAAAACAGCUACAACUUUCACCUGGUGUUUCCUUAUGAAAAGGAAGCCUCUCCACAUACAACAGACAGAUCAAAGAAUCUCAGCGUAUUCUGCCUGGGCAGUCAAAUCCAAUAAUCCCAAUCCACUGGGACUUCCUACCAAAGUGGUCAUGUCUCUUUUUGACUCUAAACAGACUUCCAAGAAAAUACUCUACACCCAAGCUAUAACAACAAGUUUAAAAUCUGACAUAUUGACAUACUCUGGGAAAUUAAAAGACAUUUUGCCAAAGGUUUUGACCCAACAAAAGCCUCUGUCAACUGAGAACUGUGGCAAAGCAAACCCAGAGAUUCAGUCAAGUCAGGAGUCUGACUCUUCUAAAGCUGAGCCUCGACGAGUGAAGAUAUUUGAUGGAGGGUACAAAUCAAAUGAAGAAUAUGUGUAUGUGAGGGGGCGUGGAAGGGGAAAGUACGUUUGUGAGGAGUGCGGGAUACGCUGUAAGAAGCCAAGCAUGCUGCGCAAACACAUCCGCACACACUCUGAUGUUCGUCCCUAUCACUGCGCACAAUGCAAUUUCUCCUUCAAAACUAAAGGAAACCUGACAAAGCACAUGAAGUCCAAGGCCCAUAGUAAGAAGUGUAUAGAGAUGGGAGUUGCUGUUGGUGUUAUCGAAGACCAGGAUACAGAAGAAUCAGCAGGUGAUCGAUCAGGAAGAGCAGGCAGUGCAGAUCGGCAAGAUUCCGAUGGUGAUGACUCGGAUGGCCCUGAUGAUGAGGAUAACGAUGGGGAAGAGGAGGAUGAGGAAGACAGCCAGGCAGAGUCAGGUGUCUCCGCCACACCUUCCGUCUCUGCCAGCCCCCAGCACCUUCCUUCCAGCCAGGCUGAUCCAGCACCAAGCUCCCUGCUUGCACAGAUGUCUAUCAGCCCGAACCCACGCCCAGCUCUUCUCCCUCAAGCUUCAGCCUCAGAGUCCCAGACAUCGGACACAGAGUCGGUGGCCAUGACCAGCCCUGUUUCAUUGGUCAGACAGAUGUCGAUAUCCGCUUUCUGCUCUAGCCCUGGCCCAAGCCCCCCCUCCUUUGUCUCCCACCCUGCUCCUGCCUCAGAAUCCCAUGCCUCCGACACAGAGUCUGUACACAUGAUGAGCCCGGUUUCGCCCUGCAGACAGAUGUCCAUCGACUAUCCGGACAUCGAUGUGCCCCCUAGUCCCCCCGUGCCGGGCAAGGGCUCCAAGCUCGGCCAGGAUGGAUCAGUGUGCAGCUCUUCCCAGCCCUCACAUGAAUCCAACUCCAAUGUUGACCGUGGCACUCAGACCACCUCAGACUCCCUUCAAGGUCCUUUACACUUUCCAGCCCCUGGUCCAGUCCAUGAAUCCGGAGCCGGAACCACCACCCACCUCUUCAGCCACCUCCCCCUGCACUCUCAGCAGCCUUCUCGCUCCCCCUACAGCAUGGUACCAGUUGGUGGCAUCCAGCUGGUGCCUGCUGGCUUGGCUGCAUAUUCCACCUUUGUACCCAUCCAAGCUGGGCCUGUCCAACUCACCAUCCCAGCUGUCAGUGUCAUCCACCGACAGACUAGCAGCCCUCUCCCAGCUCCCAACACUCCACCUCGGGCUGAGGGCUCCCCCACACAGCCACUGGUAGUCCAGGAACCUGUCAGUGGUGUCCUACCCUGCUUUCCCUUGGGCCAGGUGACAGGUCUCCAGACCCUCAGUGCUCCCCAGGCCACACUGCAGCCUGUAGGCAUGGAGACACUGAGCGUGGUGGGUUUGGCUAACUCCACCCAGCUGGUUCCUCAGCAGAGUUUGGCACUAAAUGCAACUCUCGGUGUUCAGGUUCUGGCAGCCAGCCCUGCACCUCAGACCAGCACAGCCUCCCCAGGUCACAUCCCUGGCCUGCAGAUCCUCAACAUCGCCCUCCCUGCCCUCAUCCCCUCCCUCAGCCCCCUCUCCGCUCUCAGCCCUCUCCCCUUGGUACCAGACAAACCCUGCAGUCCAGAGGGAGUGACCUCUAUCUCCUUACCUUUGCAAGUAGCUGAGUCUUCUCCAGCCUCUUCCCCUUCCACAGCCAGGCCAGCAACAGCAGCAGCACCACCUGUAGCGGUAAUCCCAGUCACUGUACAGACCUCAGUGGAAGUGACCUCACCAAGCAAACCCAGUCCAACCACUGGGGAUGAAACAGCACUAAGCACAGCCAUGACAGUAAAGGAAAAAUCAACACCACAACCAAAGCCCUCCACCUCUGCUGAGGAAGAGUCUGAGGGUGCAGAAAAGGCACCAGCAGUGGGGGCUAGUGAGGCAAGACUGCCACGGCAGCCAAUCACCAGGCAAACAGUAACUGCUGACUACAAUGAUGCCUCCAGCGAUGAUGAAGAUAGACUUGUCAUUGCUACCUGAGAGUCUGUGGUGGAAACAAAAACUUCUAUCUUUCCAUUGAUCUCUCUCUCUCUCUCAUUCUCUCUCUGUCCCUCUCUCUAUCUCUGACUACUGCUUUCUCUCUUUUGUAAAACUUUGUCACUUUGUAAAACUGAAAACACUCAAGGGGGUUGGCAGCUUUGCUGGCCCUCUCCAAAAGCACAUUUUCUGACAUUCAUUAUUGUACGUGCAAUCAUGAUGAUGAUGAUGAUAAUGAUUAUGACCAAUUAUUUUAUUUUUUACUUUUUUUGUCCGCUAGAGGCAGUUUCCUUUAUUUUUCUUUUUUGUACAUGUUGUAUAGACACUUGUGCCUUUUUUGGAGUUUCUUUGUUAGGAACAUGUAAAUAUUAUCUUACAAAUCUAGUAGUUGCCUGUGUUCAAUUAGCCUAGAUGGAAAGGACGUUAAAAUUGAAUGGAGAAAAUUUAGGUUUAUUUUGAAAUGUUUUAUGUCAGCUCAUAAAUUUAUGUUAAGAAAAUAAAUAAAUGUUGUACUGAUAUAUGAACAUUUCUAUGGCUUUUGGGGUAGUGUUUCUGUGUACAGAUGUUGUGUUCAACUAUUUAUUAUAUUCCAUCUAGUGCCCAGUUGAUCUCCAUAAGUCCAUAGGUAUGUGUAAAGUGGUGGCUUUACAUUGAUGUAUCUACACAAUCAAAUGUAUCAGUAAAACUUUGUUUACAAGUGCA